GGCGCUCAGCCCCCUUCUUGCGCAGCAGCGCAGCCUCUCCCCCCCUUUGGAUCCCGCGCCUGCGCACUGCUCGGCGCGGCGCCGCGGCGGCGGAGGGAAGAUGGCGGCCGUGGUACAGAAUGUGGUGAAGCUGCUCGGCGAGCAGUACUACCGCGAUGCCAUGGAGCAGUGCCACAACUACAACGCCCGGCUCUGUGCCGAACGGAGCGUCCGGCUCCCCUUCCUCGAUUCCCAAACCGGCGUCGCCCAAAGCAACUGCUACAUCUGGAUGGAAAAACGCCACCGCGGGCCAGGUUUGGCUGCUGGACAACUUUAUUCCUACCCCGCGCGCCGCUGGCGGAAGAAACGCCGGGCUCAUCCUCCGGAGGAUCCGAGGCUUUCCUUCCCCUCCAUAAAACCAGACACGGAUCAGACGCUGAAGAAGGAGGGGCUGAUCUCUCAGGACGGCAGCAGCCUGGAAGCGCUGUUGAGGACGGAUUCCUUGGAAAAACGCGCUCUUCCGGAUCCUCGCAUCGACGACGACAGCCUGGGCGAAUUCCCGGUCACCAACAGCCGAGCGCGGAAGCGGAUUCUGGAGCCGGAUGAUUUCCUGGAUGAUUUGGAUGAUGAAGACUACGAAGAAGAUACUCCCAAGCGGAGAGGGAAAGGGAAAGCCAAGGGCAAAGGUGUCGGAGGGGCUCGCAAAAAGCUGGAUACGGCUAUUUUGGAAGACCGGGAUAAACCCUACGCUUGCGACAAUAGUUACAAACAAAAGCAUUCCUUGAAACCUCCCGACCGAGUCUGCGGAAAGCGCUACAAGAACCGGCCGGGAUUGAGCUACCACUACGCUCAUUCCCACUUGGCCGAGGAGGAAGGCGACGACAAAGACGAUUCGCAGCCGCCCACUCCCGUUUCCCAGCGAUCCGAGGAGCAGAAAUCCAAGAAAGGCCCCGAUGGUUUGGCUUUGCCCAACAACUACUGCGAUUUUUGCCUGGGAGAUUCCAAAAUCAACAAGAAAACCGGACAACCGGAAGAGCUGGUCUCGUGCUCCGACUGCGGGCGAUCAGGGCAUCCGUCGUGCCUGCAGUUCACUCCGGUGAUGAUGGCGGCCGUCAAGACCUACCGUUGGCAAUGCAUCGAGUGCAAGUGCUGCAACAUCUGCGGCACUUCCGAGAACGACGAUCAGCUGCUCUUCUGCGACGACUGCGACCGCGGGUACCACAUGUACUGCCUCACCCCCCCCAUGUCGGAGCCGCCCGAAGGGAGCUGGAGCUGCCACCUCUGUCUGGAUCUGCUGAAGGAAAAGGCCUCCAUCUACCAGAACCAGAACAACUCCUGAUCCCGCUCCAAAUCCUCCCUCAUUCCACGCCUUUUCCCACUUUUUUUGGUCAAUUUUCCUUCUUUUUCCUUUUUUUUUAACCCUUCUUAUGGUUUUUUUUGAUUUAAUUUUCCUUUUUUUUAUCACUUCGGGUUUAUUUUACUCCAAAUUUCUUUCCCGCCUCCCCAACCUGCCCCAAAAUCUGCUUUUUCCCGCCUUUUUUCUUGGGAAUAUUCAACCCGGGGUCGCCUUUUGGGUUAUUUUUGUUAAUUUUGGACAUUUGGGGAGUGGUUUUUUUCAGUUUUAUCUUAAUCUCUCAGUUUUUUCACCUCAAUUUUGCCCAUUUCUUUUUCUCCCGCUGUCUCUUCCGCCUCGGAAUGCGAUCCCUGCGGCCUGGCUGAUCCCACCCGCCUGCCCAGACGAGGCCUUAAGCGUCCUCCGCCUGGCACAAAAUGGGGCAAAACCCCUCUAUUUUGGGAUUUUCUUCCUCCAAGUGGCAGAAAACGGGGAAAAGGCUCUUGAUUUUGGGGUAAAAUCCCUCAAUUUGGGCAUUUUCUUCCUCCAGCUGAUCCGUACUGUGUUAAAACCCCUCAGUAUUGGCGCAAAACCCUUCGGUUCUGAGGCAAAAUCUUUCAAUUUGGGGGUUUUCUUCCUCCAGCUGAGGCAAAAUGGGACAAACUCCCUUAAUUUUGGGGUAAAAUCCCUCGGGUUUGGGGUUUUCUUCCUCCAGGUGAGGCGAAAUGGGGCAAAGCCCCUCAAUUUGGGGCUUUUCCGUUGCUCCAGCUGGCGCAAAAAUGGGUCAAACCCCCUCAAUUCUGGGGCAAAAUGCCUCAAUUUGAGGAUUUUCUUCCUCUAGCUCAUGGGAAACAUGGGAAAACCCCUGAAUUUGGGGAGAAAAUCCCUUUGAUUUGGGUUUUUUUUUCUUCAAGCUGGCGUAAAAUGAGGCAAACCCCCUCCAUCUUUGGCCAAAAUCCUUCCUUUUAGGGGUUUUCUUCCUCCAGCUGGCACAAAAUGGGGGAAACUCCUUCAUUUUGGGGCGGACCCUCUCCGUUUGGGGAUUUUCUUCUUCCGCCUGGUGCAAAAUGGGUCGAAACCCCUCAAUUUUGGGGAAAAAAUCCCUCUAUUAUGGGAUUUUCUUCUUCCAGCUGGCGUAACAUGGGGGAAACGCCCUCAGUUUUGGGGCCAAACCGCUCCGUUGAGGGCAUUUCUUCUUCCACCUGGUGCGAAAUGAGCCAAACCUCCACAAUUUGGGGGGUUUUUCUUCCUCCAGCUGCCGCAAAACGGGGCGAACCCCCUCAAUUUGGGGGCAAACUCCCUGAAUUUGGGGUUUUUUUCUUCCAUCAGAGGGUCUAAAAUGCGUCACCCGCAUCAUUUUGGCGGGAAAAUCCCGCCAUUUGGGGGGUUUCUUCCUCCAGCUGAUGUGAAAUGGGGCGAACCCCCUCAAUUCUGAGGUAAAACCCCUCUCUUUUGACAUUUUCUGCCUCUAGCAGGUGUGAAACAGGGCGAACCCCUCGAUUUUGGGGUUUUCUUCCUCCCGCUGGCGCAAAAACGGGACAACCCCCCUCAAUUCUGAGGUAAAACCCCUCCUUUUUGACAUUUUCUGCCUCUAGCAGGUGUGAAACGGGGCGAACCCCUCGAUUUUGUGGGUUUUCUUCCUCCAGCUGGUGCAAAAACGGGACAACCCCCCUCAAUUCUGAGGUAAAACCCCUCCUUUUUGACAUUUUCUGCCUCUAGCAGGUGUGAAACGGGGCGAACCCCUCCAUUUUGGGGGUUUUCUUCCUCCAGCUGGCGCAAAAACAGGACAACCCCCCUCAAUUCUGAGGUAAAACCCAUCUCUUUUGGGAUUUUCUGCCUCUAGCAGGUGUGAAACGGGGCGAACCCCUCCAUUUUGGGGGUUUUCUUCCUCCCGCUGGCGCAAAAACGGGAUAACCCCCCUCAAUUCUGAGGUAAAACCCCUCCUUUUUGACAUUUUCUGCCUCUAGCAGGUGUGAAACGGGGCGAACCCCUCCAUUUUGGGGGUUUUCUUUCUCCCGCUGGCGCAAAAACGGGGCAAACCCCCUCCAUUUUAGGGCAAAACCCCUUCCUUUUGGGAUUUUCUUUCUCCCAACUGGCGCAUAACGGGGCAAACGCCCUCCAUUUUGAGGCAAACGCCCUCCAUUUUGAGGCAAACGCCCUCCAUUUUGAGGCAAACGCCCUCCAUUUUGGGGUUUCCUUCUUCCAUUUGGCGCAAACCGGGCCGGAACGCCUUUGAACGUUGGCAUUUUUAUCCUCCAACUCGCACGAAAUGGGGCAAAACCCCUUCAUUUUGGGAGUUUUUUCCCCCCCUUGCGUAGAGGCUUAAGCGCUUUCCCCCCCUUCCCCCGUCACGGUCGCACAGGGUUUGUUUUGGUGUUCCGAGGGUGUUUUUUUUCAGGCGAGGCGGGAGAUGCCGCAGGUUUGGGGCUCUCCGGGAACACCCCAAUAUCCCCCUCCCCCCCUUAAGGAUCCCAUUGACUGAAUGUGCCUGUUUUUUCUAAAAAUCAACUUAAAAAAAACCUACCUCCGACCCUCCUUCCCUCCUGAUUUUCACCUCCCAGAACCUCCCGAAAGAGAUUCCAACCGGGACGGCAACGGAACAGCCCGGAAACCGCGUUCUUGAGCAGAAAAAUAACCCAAAAUGACUAAAAUAACUCCUAAAAUACCCCUAAAUUAACCAAAAUUGUCCAAAAUCCCUUCAAAACUGCUCAAAAUUCACCAAAAUCCUUUCAAAACUGCUGAAAAUUCACCAAAAUCCUUUCAAAACUGCUCAAAAUUCACCAAAAUCCUUUCAGAACUGCUCAAAAUUGUCCCAAAUCCUUUCAAAACUGCUCAAAAUUCACCAAAAUCCUUUCAGAACUGCUCAAAAUUCACCAAAAUCCUUCCAAAACUGCUCAAAAUUGUCCAAAAUCCUUUCAAAACUGCUCAAAAUUGUCCCAAAUCCUUUCAGAACUGCUCAAAAUUCACCAAAAUCCUUUCAAAACUGCUCAAAAUUGUCCAACAUCCUUUCAAAACUGCUGAAAAUUCACCAAAAUCCUUUCAGAACUGCUCAAAAUUCACCAAAAUCCUUUCAGAACUGCUCAAAAUUGUCCAAAAUCCUUUCAAAACUGCUCAAAAUUGACCAAAAUCCUUUCAAAACUGCUCAAAAUUGUCCAAAAUCCUUUCAAAACUGCUCAAAAUUGUCCCGAAUCCUUUCAGAACUGCUCAAAAUUGACCAAAAUCCUUUCAAAACUGCUCAAAAUUGACCAAAAUCCUUUCUAAACUGCUCAAAAUUGACGAAAAUCCUUUCAAAACUGCUCAAAAUUGACCAAAAUCCUUUCAAAACUGCUCAAAAUUGACCAAAAUCCUUUCAAAACUGCUCAAAAUUCACCAAAAUCCUUUCAGAACUGCUCAAAAUUGACCAAAAUCCCUUAAUAAACCACCACCGCCCCAAAUAAAACCCUCAGGAUCUGUGGGAUUGAGCGGUUUCGGCGCCGGUGGUGUCUCUCCUCCUCCUCUUUGAGCGCCAUUUGGGUGGAAAUGAAGGUAUUUUGGUUCAAACCAAGCGGUUUCCCUCCCGUUUUUCGUGUCCUGGCGGGGAUGGGAUGAACAAAUGUCCCCAAACGGGUGGGUUUGAACCCCAGAUUUCCCUCGGCAAAAGCUUCACGGUUGUGUCUUAUCCGGAAAAAAAGAACCAAACCACCAAACGGCUUCUUUUCAUAAUAAAAACGGAGAA